GGAAUGUUUAGCAGGUGUAAUUACAAGUAGCCUACACAUGAUCCUAGGUGUGAAUAGACUUUCGUCUGUGGAUUUUCACGUUUACAAUUACUUCUCCAUACGUUACAUGUUCAAAGUAAACCAGGCUAAUAAGAUUCAUUGUGGGAGGGUAACGCCGUGCAUCUACCAUUCAUACGCAUACUCCAACCACAAGCCAGAGCAAGAGAGAGCGGGCGAAAUACAGCCAGUAAUGGGCAUCCACACACGAGCACGCAGGUAGGUGUGGUGUAAAAGAACGAGAGUUGUGUCUGAAGCAUGGAGUUCAGCCCAGUGUAUUUCCAGGUGCGUACGAGAGCGUCAUGGAUAAAUCGAAAGUAGCGCAGCAGAGAACAGCGAUAAGGAAUGUCGGGGACGCGAUAAUUACGAGCCUCGGUGCAAAAACCGGUGCCUUUAGAGUGUUUUUUUCAUCGUCGUGAUGGUUUAGCGAUGAAGGAUUUUGAGACGCACAGGUGGGAGCGACGUGUCUUUACACCGCCGUGCACUUGUUUCUCUUACUGACGUCCACCGCUCGGUUUGGGCGAAACGACGGACUAAACAUGGAUUCGCUGAGGGAAACCAGGAAACAAACAAUCAAAGCUAAAUCGGCGAAGCGCAAGAACAAAACGCACAAGUCCCAAAAGCUGUUCCGAAGGAAAUCGUUAAAAUCGCUGGGAAAUUUUAUGAGCAGGAUUGUCAAAACUUUGGGCACUUUGGCACACUUGGGGGACGCGGAUCAGCCGGACGCAGCAGCGGAGGAUGAUGAUGGUGGAUUUGGAGACACGGCGAGUGUCCACAACUCUGGGAACUACAGAGAGAGCUCGGCGAGGAAAAGCUCUUCUUACGGGUCUGUGAAAGAAAGACUGUCCUGGUGUUACGGAGAGAAAACACCGGGAGUUCAGGGUCUGAAGAAUCACGGAAACACCUGUUUUAUGAACGCUGUGGUGCAGUGUCUGAGUAACACAGAACUUCUGGCUGAAUAUCUGGGUCUGGAGCAGUAUAAAUAUGAAUUAAAUGAGCGGAGGAUCAACGGGAUGAUGAAGAGUGAGGAGGUCAGAGGGGAAGUCACGGACAAGCUGGCAUCGUUAGUAAGGGCGCUCUGGACAAACGACUACACGCCUCAGCUGUCGGUGGAUUUUAAGAGUGUUGUGGCCAAGUAUGGCUCUCAGUUCAAAGGAAACGCUCAACAUGAUGCUUUAGAGUUUCUGCUCUGGCUUCUGGAUUGUGUGCAUGAGGACGCUAACCUCUCCACCAACAACAACCAAAGCAGAAAUAGUUCAUCCAGCAAGGGUUCUGUGGGAUUGGAGGAGAGUUCAUGCCCUGGCCCAGCAAACUCACAGCAGCCCGGAACUCGACACAGUUUUGUACAGGAGCACUUCCAAGCCCAGUACAGGUCAUCCUUGACAUGCCCGCAUUGCCUUAAACAGAGCAACACUUUUGACCCUUUCCUGUGUAUUUCCCUUCCAAUCCCGCUGCGACAGACCAGGGCCCUGAAUGUGACUCUGGUGUUCAGCACAGAAGGUCAGCGGUUUCUGAGAAUAGGGCUGGCUGUGCCUCUCUUUGGGUCUAUUUCAACACUCAGGGCCAUGGUAGCAGAGGAGGGCAAGCUCUCUCCAGACCAGGUAAUUUUGACAGAGAUGAACUCGGGUGGGUUCCAGCGCUCUUUCUCUGAUGAAGAUGACAUGACCAGUAUAUCAGAGAGUGAUGUCAUCUACGCCUUCCAGGUUCCCCCUCACUUCACCAGAGGAGGUUCCAUGCGGUUCUCAGGGUAUCAUCACUCCCUUCCCUCCUCCCCAUACACUGCAGAUUUCAAAGGUCACAGGCUACCGCCAUCAGGGACGUUAUCAACAGAAUUCUUGAAUCAUGGGGGCUCUUCAAAAGUCCUUCUCUUAAUCUGCAAUGUUGCUGGCUCUGGCCAACAGGCUACAAGGUUCGGGCCACCAUUUCUGAUGAGAGUAGAAAGGACUCUUUCUUGGGAUCAUCUGCAACAGAGUGUCUGCAAUAAGCUUUACGUUUUUCAAAAAACUGCAAUAAUAAAGACUACUGAACUGUUUAAAGUGCGUGUGGUGGGUGGAUCAGCCUCCUGCAGUUAUCUGUCUCCGCACGACAGCAGACCUCUGUGCCAUCCCACCGUAGACAGAGCCCUCAAGUUAUGUGGUCCAGGUGGUCCUUUGCAUGUGAAGCUCAUAAUUGAAUGGGACAACAAAAUUAAAGAAUGCCUCUUUGGCAAUAUUCAAGAGGAGGUGAUUGAGGAUGCAGAGAGUGUGAGAAUCCAGCAGCAGAAUCAUGUACAACAGCACAGCUGCACACUGGAUGACUGUUUUCAGCUCUACACCAAAGAGGAGCAGCUGGCACCAGACGAUGCAUGGAAGUGCCCCCACUGUAAGCAAAUGCAGCAGGGAAUGGUGAAGAUGAGUUUAUGGACACUGCCCGACAUCCUCAUUCUGCACCUGAAGCGUUUUCGACAGGUGGGCAAACGGCGAAACAAGCUCUCCACCCUCAUUCGCUUUCCUGUAAGUGCUCUGGAUAUGACCCCCCAUGUGGUGAAACGCAGUCAAAGCAUGAAGAAUCUGGCCCCGUUGCCUUCAACUUGGAAGCAUGGAGAAACUGACUUUCUUUAUGACUUGUAUGCAGUUUGCAACCACCACGGAGGCAUGCAUGGAGGCCAUUACACAGCCUAUUGCAGGAACUCCGUGGACGGCCACUGGUACAGUUAUGAUGACAGCAGUGUGGAGAUUGUGCCAGAGGAGGAACUGUGCACACGAGGGGCUUAUAUCCUGUUCUACCAGAGGAGAAAUGUCAUCCCACCCUGGUCUGCCAACAGCUCGGUCAGAGGUUCCACCAGCUCCUCGAUGUCAGAUCACUGGCUCAUCCGUUUGAAUGGUGACAGUAAAAGAGGAAGUAUGGUUUCACGGUCUUCUACAACAUGCCCUUCUUCCAUCGCUGACUCCCCAGAGUCACCAGUUUUUAAAAAUGAACCCUCAAUUGAGGAAAGAGUGUCUUUAGGUGGGUUUGAAAGCAGACCUUUUGUGCGAGGAAUCCAAGGUCGUAGUGUAAGCAUGAGAAGUCCCACCAAGAGUAAAGUGCUCCCACUGCGAUGGUCUUUUGGAAAUAAAGACCGCCACAAACCUGUGCCGGCUUCUGAGCAGUCUCCUGCAGAACUGGUGGAGUAUUUAGAGUCUGGGAGGAGACCAAGAUGUACCAAAGACCCUAUUGUUUCCCUAAUGACUCGACCUUCAGACAAAGACAACGAUGCAAAAAAAACAGCCAAAUCUUCCAGCCACAGUGGCCUCAGACCUCCAGAAUAUCUGAAAAUACCACAGGGUCAAGAAAGAAGUAGCUCAGAGAAAGCAAUGGGCCAACAACCUGCCAGCAGCAGUAGAUCAAGAGAAGAAGGGACCUUGACCAGACGGAGCAGCAGAAAAUCUAAACCGGACCAAUCACACUCCAGGAAGAGCUCUGGAGCAGGGAUCCAGUCCAGUUGUAGUACUCCAAGUGGCUGGGAAACAGCACAGAAGCAUGAGUCGAGUGACAAGCGUGACCAAUCAGAGGAUAAACAUAAAAAAGGGCAGGAGACUAAACGUCAUGAUGUCUUCGCUUUUCUCAAAGGUGGCUUUAUCAAGAAGGAUUCCCUUCGGAAGUCUCGGGAUAAUGAUUCUGUCAAAAAGGCUGAUUCAGGGGUGAAGAGCCCAUCUGGAGUUUCCCUCUCCAACGGGACACAUAAUAAAAAUCCAGAAGGUAAAGUCAGUACUAUGAACCAUGGUAGCAGGCACGGAAGUGAACUGGCAAAUGGCAAGGUGAGUCGUGGUUCCUCAGACAUCAAACGCUCACAAAGCUCAUCCAAUAUUCAAAGCAAAACUGAUCUAGGCUUAAGAAGAACAGCAUCUUUACACAGAAACGGCACAUCGGUGGCCCAACCACAGAGCGUGACAGGGGACAGGGGCUCUCAGAGCACUUUACAACGCACACGCUACAGCACAAACUCACUGGGCAGAAAGAAGGCAGUGCCUGAAUCAAGUUUCUAAGACUUGCGCUGUGUUCACACCAGACGCGGUACAAGUGCAUAAAUCGCGAUAUUCAUGUGUGAAUAGAUGUGUGAACAUCUUGAGUUUACUCGCUUCAUUCGUGCAUCAAAUUAGCUUCAUUCACGUGUGAAAUUUACUGAGCAAUAGACGCAGAUUAGCAUCAUGGGUGAGGCUUCUGUCUGCAUGGACUUUAUUGAGAGAAUAGCUGUGUUUAUUUGCUUUAGAAGGACUAAAAAGAAGCGUCAGUUCGUUUGGAGCCCUGUCUAAGUCCACUAAAUCCAUUCAGAGGUGCACCCAGGUCUGUGAGUUCAUCAACUCCUUCAGAAACUAUACCUGGAUGAUGGAAGCAUUCAGCGGUGCUUCUGACUGAGCCGAGCCCAGUUUGAUGAACUGUUGUCUGUGUCAGCAGUAGGAUUUUACUCCUGGACACCUAACAACAAGCACUACAUCAUAAUCACUCCAAUCAAUCAAAGAGCAAGUUCCUGAUUGGUUAACGCGGCAUUUUGUUAUGCGCAGAAGUACAAAUUUUCGAGCUUGAGUUCUACUCGCACCACUUCAUUUGCAUGAAUCGCAUCAUUCGCGCCUCCUCAUUCGUGGAUAUAGCGCCACAGGAUGUUUAUUUACGCCUUUGCAUUGAAUGAACAUGUAAAUCACUCGCGCUUGAUGCUUCUUCUGCGUCUGGUGUGAAUGCAGCAUUACUUCACUACACCCAAAUAUCACAACAGGACAUCUAAAAGAACUGUUGUAUGAAAGGUAGGCUUGAAAUGAUUACUGAAAGCAGGCAGCACACGGACUAUGAAGUUGCACUUAUAUUUGAAAUUAGUAGAUGAUAUAUAUUUUUUGUUGUUCACUUGUUUCUGCUUCUGCUAAAGUGCCUCUUAGAAUUGUUUUUUUUUUUUUUCAGAUUGUGUUUUGGCACUGGAAGUACAUUACACGCUAGCCUUUACACUAUGCUUUUUAAUUGGGAAAAAAGCCCCAGAUUUUUUUUUUUUUUUUUGUGCCAGUACAUAGAUUUAUUAUAUAUAAUACAUGAAGGGAAUUGCUAAAUAUAACUUUUUCAGUUUAUCUUUUAUGAUUCUUCAGAUUGUACUGAUUGGCUGCUAACCUCUCAUGGGUUUUUUAUGACAUUUAACAAAGAUGUCAGUUCUUGCACUUUCAGUGAUUUUAUUGCACCACUAUGUUCUGCUUUUAGACCAAAAAAAAACUUGAUUUUUUUUUUUGUUUACUCACUGCAAAAUAUGUACAUGAUGAAUAUUUUUGUCUUGUUUUCCAGAAACUGUUAUAUGACAUUAGAAAACAAUCACUAUCACUAAAACAAGGAAACCUUACUAUGAUACAUUUACAAAAUAUUAUAUUACACCAUACACCUCUGAAAAGCAAAUCAACCUCACUUUUUUUACCAAGUUUUUCCAAAUAUUUUUUUUUCUGUUAAAAGAUGUUAAACAGGAAUGCUGUCUUUUUUCAUUUAAAUAUAUAUUAUAAUAAUACAGAAAUGAAAUAAUGUGAAGAUAAUGCGUUGAGAUCAAAUAAAAAUGAAACAUAAAAGUGACCUUAGAAAAUAGA